AUGUCGCCGCGCUGCACCUUCACCACGAACGGGCGCGCGCACGAGCGCACGAGCGUACGAGCGCGGUCGUGCAUUCCUACUACUACCAGCACUUCUACUACUACUACUACUACCAGCACUCCUACUACUACUACCAGCACUCCUACUACUACUACUACCAGCACUACUACUACUACUAGCACUACUACUACUACUACUACCAGCACUCCUAUUACUACUACUACCAGCACUCCUACUACUACUACUAGCACUCCUACUACUACUAGCAGCACUACUAUUACUACUAGCACUCAUACUACUACUACUAGCACUACAACUACUAGCAGCACUACUAUUACUACUAGCACUCAUACUACUACUACUAGCACUACUACUACCACUACUACCAGCACUCAUACUACUAGCACUACUACUACCACUACUACCAGCACUCAUACUACUACUACUAGCACUCAUACUAUUACUACUACCACUACUACUACUACUAGCACUCCUACUACUACUACCAGCACUCAUACUACUACUACCAGCACUACUACUACUAGCACUACUACUACUACUAGCACUACUACUACUACCAGCACUCAUACUACUACUACCAGCACUACUACUACUACUACCAGCACUCAUACUACUACCAGCACUUAUACUACUACUACCAGCACUCAUACUACUACUACUACCAGCACUCAUACUACUACUAGCACUACUACUACUACUACCAGCACUCAUACUACUACUACUACCAACACUCAUACUACUACUACCAACACCCAUACUACCACUACCAGCACUCAUACUACUACUUGCACUACUACUACUACUACCAGCACUCAUACUACUACUACUACUACCAGCACUCAUACUACUACUACCAGCACUCAUACUACUACUAGCACUACUACUACUACUACCAGCACUACUACUACUACUACUAAAAGCACUCAUACCACUACCAGCACUCAUACUACUACUACCAGCACUCAUACUACUACCAGCAGUCAUACUACUACCAGCAAUACUACUACUACUACUACUACUACCACUCAUACUACUACUACCAGCACUCAUACUACUACUACUUCCAGCACUCAUACUACCACUACUACCAGCACUACUACUACCAGCACCCAUACUACUACUAGCACUACUACUACUACCAGCAAUACUACUACUACCAGCACUACUACUACUACUACUAGCACUACU